UUGAGAUCAAAAGUAGCUGGAAAAUCUGUCUGCAAGUAUCAAAGCAUAAGCGACCCCAGGUACGACAUACUCGUGGCUAUACUUUCAAUACUUUCGAUGUUUUGGCUCAGUCUGAGUAUCCAAGUGCCUGACAACGCUACAUGCGUUGAUCGUAUUCGUUAAAUUAGGAUGCGCCAUUGAUCAGAUACAAUAUUCUUGUCAAAGAGCCAGUUGGACUACUUGUUGGGUCUUGGUAUUUUUUAAGAAUAUUGAUUAGGAAGAGAUUAAUACGAAAUGUAAUGAUCAGUAAAACCAACAUAAAUGUCACUAUGAGAUAAUUCUACAUAGCAAUGCUCCACGUGCUAUUACAAAAGUUGAAGGAAAAAAUGCUCAACUUUUCCUGCAUGUGGGGCUGCAGAUUCUUCUACUUUUUCAUAUGAAGAUAGGCAUCAAAUUCCAUGAUAUUUAUUCCCUUUUGAUUUCCUUUCUUUUUUAUGUCUGUGAUAGUCUUCCCUUCAGCAGUCGAUAUCGUUAGCAUAGAUUUUGUGCCGGCUCAGCUAAAGGCAAGCUUCGUGAUGAUCGAUCGAGCAUCUCCACGACACCCUUAUACAGGUGGGAUAAUUGAUUUGAAAACGGAAGAAUUCAAAGCCUACUCGCCGCCGGUCAAAUCCGGCCAACUAAAACUCAUUAAUCCUAACAUUUCUCGGAUUAUAAAUAAUGCUUCCAUAAUCCUUCACCUUAAUCAACCACUCCCAGUUCAAAUGGCUCCGAUCAAAUCUUUAAUCUCCAUAGCUCUUCUAGCUCUUCUCUUGCUCUCUGAACACCUACCCAUUUCCGCCGCCGAUCACGGCGUGGCUCCCAGUCCUCUUGCCAGAGUGUUUCGCCGGGACACCCUUCAGACGGCAGAGCGUCAUCAAGUUGCAGAGAAUGGAAUUGGAUAUCAGUACUCUUUUGAACAAAAAAUCAGAAGGCGAGCCCGACGAGCUGUUAGGCGAGCCGAAGGUCCAAGUCCAUCGUCGGCGAAUUGGAGCCAAACGUCGUCGUUUGGGGUCGGCUCUCUGCUGUGUCUCUGUACUGUCUUUGGUUUGUUUUUGUGAAGUGAAUAAUGGUGAUUCACUACUCUGAAUUUGUCAUCGGUUUAUUCAUUUAUUAUUUUUUAAUAAAAAAUUUGAGUUGUAUUUUACCAA